AUGGAUGCCCCACUCGACAGCGUUAACGACCAUGACGCUGUUCUUGGCCCUCGCAGUAACCCCGUGAGACUGAGUCGCAAAGCUGCUGUGAAGCGCAACAGCACGAAAGAGAGAAGGACCGAGACUGAGAGACACGACAGUACGAUGCAGAGCACCCAUGUCCGCGCGAAGACUUCUUCCAACGUUCCAGUUAUACGAAUCACUGCGAGUACGCCUCCCAUUUUACGCCGCUUUAGCUUCGAUGAAACACCCGGUGAGCUCUUGUUUAAUAUCGGCAAGCUCUCCGACUCGCCUGAUUUCGAAGAUGUUCCGCUCAGCCCGGUGGCGUGUCCAGAGAUGGGACACCACACAUCACCGUCCCUAGGGACAGACCAGCACGUACGGGAGCCGACCGAUCCGUCUCAACAGCAGAUACCUGUUCAGACAUACUCAAGCCAUGAAGCGACCGGGGAGGAGCGAGAGGAAAGCAUGGAAAAUCAGAAGGUGGGGAGAGAGCAACGCCGUGUUCCGACGACCUUCGAUCAGAUACUAGGAGAGAAGAGAAUUCCUACCGCACUGUUGUAG